AUGGCAAUAUUUACAGUGCUCUUCCUUGCGGUGUGUUUGAUUACGACUCUCAGCGGAGGGAUCUACGGACUUGAAACUCCUGCUGCCUCGAUCGCUACCAUUGGCUCGAAAAAAUUAGCCACUGCUUCCGAUUGUUCAAAACCAGUUGCAUUUUCCAGCGUUACACCUACUAUCAAAGAUGGCGAAUUGUUCUUCAAUGAAACUCUGCUAGACAGCGGCGUCGGUUACAAUACCGAGUCGGGCGUUUUCACAACACAUUGCCCUGGACUUUAUCAAUUGAGCUACUUUUACAACGGUGACGUCAAGUUGACGCUGAGGCAAAAGCCGCGUGGCAGCGAGACCUGGUAUAACGUCAUAAGCAAGAGAGGAGGAGAAGCCAGCAGUGACCCACCAUUAUCGGGCAAUAUCGUCCUGCUGCGAUUGGCCUUAGGCGAUCAAGUGGCUCUGUUCGCAGACGGCAAGAACAUCAAUGCCGAGAGCAGCUUUUCCGGAUUUCGCAUCGCGAGGGAGUGAAUCCAUUCCUCAAGAUUCAUUACCAUUGUUUUUUCCAUUUAUUUUGUCAGUCACUCUGUGAUAACUUCUCAAUUUUUCUUUCCUUUAAGUUGAUCCAGUAAAAAUCUUUGCCUCUUAAUUUUUCACUCUACGCCUAAUAGCUUUACAUUUAUUCUACACAUCUUAUCUAUUUCCUCUUACUCUCGCUAAUUAAUGUAAAUAUUUUUUUCUUCUUCAACUACCUUUUUAUACUUCUAUUGAAGCUACUACUUUUUGUAUUUUGCUCUACUUUAUUUUCUACUUUGAAUCUUACGCCUAUAAACUUUUGUCAGAUCUGACUCCCUACCUAUCAGUAUUACAAAUUAUCAAUGAACUGCUUACUCUACUUACCUUUUAAACAAUUUCGAGAUUAUGUAUUCUUUUCCAGUGUUACUCUUUUCAUAUUAUGUUUAUUUCUCUCCGGUUACUCUUUCGACUCUGUUAUUUAUUCCUUGACUUAUAUUAUUUUCACUUUAUUACCAUCUAUUAUCGAGAUUUUUUUCUUGUGUUUUAUCUUUCUUUUUUUCU